AUGGUGGCUGAGCAGGCGCCAGAGCCGAGCUUCCCGCGAGCUGGCACAGAGAUCAUCAGCGAGGGCGACAUGCUGUCAGCACUACCUGUGCCCCGAUGCUCCUCCGAAGUCAUCAAGCCCUCGGAGCUCUUCCUGGACUUGAUGAUGCUCGACCCGCUCAAAAGGGAGCUGUCCCCAGUGGCUGGCGGUAAGAGUGCAACGCCCGCCUCGCCGACCAAGCCGGUUCAGAGGCCCAGUAGCCGCUCGCAGCCCAAAGUCGACAGCCCCAAGGGGCGGCUUGUGGCAGUACUUCCGCAGGAGGCGAAGCCCAUUAUUGACUGGGGUCAGAUGCCGCAGCCACCACCGCUCGUCCAGGCUCCGGCACGGGCGCCCUCGGCAUCUAUGAAGCCCCUCGGUCACUCACCUCUUCGUACCAUGACUCGGCUUCCGAAUCCGGCCACUUCUGGUCCGCCAGGUCCGACGAUUCCGCCAACCCCCACAGGUUUUACUCCGAUGCCGGUGGAGAACUACAGGCUCACUCAGCCGAUCAACCGCUCCGUUAUCCGAUCUUCAGGUCUCAUCUCUUCCAUGCAGAGGGAAGUCUCGCCGACGGGCUCUCCCAGCAAGGUGGGAGCAAUCUCUGGCUCCUACUCCUUGCAGCUGCCACCGAAGGCGUCUUACCCACAGGUGCCGCAGCCAGGCCUGCUUCAGCCGACCUUAGCAUCUGCCGGCCAGUACGGUUCGCCUAUCCCACUCACGGCAUUGGCAUCCUCCCUUGCAGCUGCUGACAAGCCGUGUUUGUCGCAGCCAAGUGCGCCUGGAAGGAGCGUGGCGGUGCCGCUUGGCACCCCUCGCACUGAGAUCCCCAGAGGAGUUCAGGUGCAACCGUGCUGGCCAUCGGCGCCUGCGACCCUCCCUUCGCAGUACCGCCAGAUCACGAUAGGUCCCGGGGCACAGACUGCGCAGCUGCUCUCAGGUGCUCGUGCCUGGUUUCAACCGGCUUCCACGCCGACUCAAGCCUCGCGUGUGCCAAUGUCGAUGACCCACUCAGCGCCGCCGGCGCAGGGAGGGACGGCACAUGAGAAGCCUUUGCCUCGUACGGUGGCUCCCGCGGGGCUUGCUGAGACCACUGCAACUGCUGCGCCGGGAGCACACCAAGCAGUUCAAGCCGCAACUCCGGGCCCAACUGCUCGGCUUCCUUUGUCGGCAAACGCCCGCUCGCCAGUAAGUGUCCCAACUCAGGCUGCAGGCCCAGGGCCUGCAGCAGCAGCCUCGGCGCCAGUAGCCCCUGCAGCAGCAGUGCCUGGAGCGGCCUCCGCACCAGCAGUCCCCGUUCCAGCAGCACCUGCACCUGCAGCCACCUAUGUGACAUCCACUGGCGGCUGCCAAUGGCGCACGCUGGCCCAGCCGUACCAGUACCAGGCCUAUCCGCUCCAGUGCACUGCGCCGGCACCGUCAGCGGCUGCGGCUGCGGCUACACUGCCUCUCCAGCGGGCAUCGCUGCCUGUGCCACAUCCCCAUUCACAGGCAUACAGGCUCACCACGCCGGCCACACAACAGCAGUCUCGGCCCGUCCUGCCACAAGCCCCUUUCCAGCUCAGCUCCGCCGCCCCUCACACGAUGGCGAUGCAGCCCGCUCGACCAGGCCUUGGGGCGGCGGAAGUGGCACAAAGAGCUGCGGCCUGGUAUCCCCUCCCCUGA